AGGGCAGCCAGGCUUGCCAGCAGCCUGACAGACAAACUUCCUGUCCAGAGGAAGAGCCUAGGCCACAGCAGAGACAUGGAGCUCUCCUCAGCCCCUCUCCACAAAGGGCAGCUACCCUGGAGGGGACUCCUGCUGGCAGCCUCACUUUUGCUCUGCUGGAGCUCUCCCACCACGGCCCAAGUCACUGUGGAAGCAGUUCCGCCCCACGUUGCUGAAGGGGCGAAUGUGCUUCUACUCGUCCACAAUCUGCAAGAGACACCCCAAGCCUUUUACUGGUACAAGGGACAAACUGUGGAUGAGAGGAAAGAAAUUGCACGAUUUAUAACGUCAACUAAUGUAAAUAAAACAGGGCCUGAAUACAGCGGCAGAGAGACAAUAUACCCCAAUGGAUCCCUGCUCUUCCAGAAUGUCACUCGGAAUGACACUGGAACCUACACGUUGCAAAUAAUAAUGCAAAGCUUUGAUACUCCGAAAGUAUCCGUGCAGUUCCAUGUACACCCACUGCUACCCAAGCCUAGCAUCACAAGCAACAAUUCCAAUCCCCUGGAGGGUGAAGACUCAGUAGCAUUAAUGUGUGAGCCCGAGACUGAGAAUACAAGCUACCUGUGGAGGAGAAAUGGCCAGAGCCUCUCAGAAGGUGACAGGCUGAAGCUGUCUGAGGACAACAGGACUCUCACUUUACUCAGUGUUGUGAGGAAUGACACAGGAGAUUAUGAGUGUGACACCCGGAACCCAGUGAGCACCUCCCGAAGUGACCCAUUCACUCUGAACAUUACCUAUGGUCCAGAUGUCCCGAUCAUAUCCCCCUCAGAUACUUAUUUUCAUUUAAGGACAAACCUCAGCCUCUUCUGCCAUUCAGCUGCUAACCCACCUGCGCUGUACUCCUGGUUUGCCAAUGGAGAGCUCCUGUCAUCCUCCCAAGAGCUCUUUAUCCCCAACAUCACUACUAAUAAUAGUGGAUCCUAUACCUGCUUCGUCUAUAACUCUGUCACUGGCCUCAAUAAGACCACAGUCAAGUACAUUGAAGUCCUUGAGCCAGUGACUACACCCUCCAUCCAAGUCACCAACACCACAGUCAAAGAACUUGACUCUGUGUUCCUGAACUGCUCCUCAAAUGGCACCAGGAUCUCCAUCCAUUGGUUCUUCAAUGGCCAGAGUCUGAAGCUCACAGAUAGAAUGAAACUGUCCCUGAACAACAGCACCCUCAGCAUAGACCCUGUCAAGAGGCAGGAUUCUGGGGAGUAUCAGUGUGAGGUCUUCAAUCCAGUCAGUUCCAGGAGGAGUGACCCCAUCCAGCUGGACAUAAUAGCUGACCCAACACAAGGGAGUUCUGGCCUCUCAGGGGGUGCAAUUGCCGGCAUCGUCGUUGGAUCUGUCGCUGGGGUGACUCUGAUCGCAGCCCUGGCAUACUUUUUUUAUUUCAGAAAGACUGGCGGGGGAACUGACCAGCGCGAUCUCACAGAGCACAAACCCUCAGCCUCCAACCACAAUCUGGGCCCCUCUGACAACUCUCCUAACGAGGUGAAUGACGUGGCAUACACCGUCCUGAAGAUCAACGCCCAGACACCCAAACCACCAACUUCAGCCUCCCCAUCUCCAAGAGCCACAGACACAGUUUAUUCAGAAGUAAAAAAGAAGUGAUCAUGGCCUGUCAUGCUGGCUACACCAAUGAUGCAUUUCCAGAAUCUCAUCCUCACUAGGAGAUCUCUGUACCAUGAGAUGAGGAAACACAUGUGUGUAUGCGCACACACAAACACACACACAGAUCCAGGCGCAGUCUCUUCAGUAUCAAAAGAAGGAACAAUGUAUUCUGGAGCCUACGGGAAACCCAACCUUUCUUGGAAUUGAAACCUGGCUGAGAAAAGGGCAUCAAAGCUGCCCACCUCCACUCCCCUGGCCAUGGCUUGUAUUAACUCGAGCUAUUCAGAGCACAGUCAUUCCCCCCAGCUCCAGCCCUGUCCCAGCACAGUCUGACUUGAUUCCCAUAACCCUGGACGUCACCUAAGUGCUAAUGCCAAAAAACAAAGGACAAGCUGGAAAUGGGCAUCCCUGCAUCUUUAGAGCCCGAUGUGAAGCCAUCGUACACGGGAAGAUCAAGGCUCAGCCAGAGGUCUCAGGAAAUCUCCACGCCGACAACUGUCAUGCUUGCCCGGCUGAGGCAUCAGGGUCUCUGUAUGCUGUGCAUUUACACCUGAGCCCACCUCUGAGCCUUUCUCCAGAAAACCCACUCAAAGCAGCUACCAAAGCUCUUUGGCAGCAUCCACUGCCAUUGCUAACACAAAGGGCAGGUGCAAAGCCUCUACCAGGAAGGAGUCCAGAAAAGCAGGGCUGGUGAACUGACAGUCUCCUGGAAUCUGAAAACAGAACAGAAAGAUACCCUACGUGCAGCAUUGAGAUUGUUUCAAAAGAAGCCACGUUUGGAGGUACUGGAGUUUUCUUCUCUGUAAGACAACCCACUAUUUGAAUUUUUGUAACUGCUGACUUGACUCAGUGUGUGAGCUGAUAGGUCUGCCUUAGGGGCAAGAAGCCACUGCACCACUGGCUCCCUUGGCCAGGAUCAAAAGGCCUCUCAAUCCCUUUUGAUCAAGAGUUCCAAACCAAAAAUAAAUAAAUGAAUAACAAGGCAACUCACUUGAGGAAACACUGCCUAGUGUCAAGCUAAGCCUCGUACUUACCUGGAUUUGUCAGAAAAGCCUGACUUUUCCUUUUUCCAUGUCUUCUCCUUUAUUGCUGGGCACUGGCCAGAGCCUACACAAUAUUUUUCUGACACUUUGGGCUUCCUUGCUCUCUCCCUGGAGCUCACCUGCCCCCAUCCUGUGCAGCUGCCAGCAGAACUCUUGCCUGACUCACAAGCCAGCCAUUCCUCCUCCACUCCAACCCCUCUCCAUGCUGAUGCUGAGAUUUCCAGCUUGUCUGUCUUGCUGUUCUGCUUUUAAACUCUAACAAAAACUGUCCUCCAUUUCAACAACUAACAACAGACUUUCCUCAUUCCCACCCCACUCCUGGAGAUCCAGGACCAGCAUCCAACUACCCAUCUGCAGUGUUUCUGCCUGUGCAUUGUUUGCCCUUUCUUUGGCUUCUUUUGAGCAUGUGGCCUAAACGAGCUUCAAUAUCACAAUAACAGUUUCUACAAUCUCCCUCCUGCUGAGAUUACAGCUCAGGCCACCAGGCCCAGUGGCUUGUGCAUUCCCUGACUGCCCUGCACUCUCAGGAAUCCUUGGCCUCUGCUACUGUGUCUCUGGUCCUCAUGAAUUGUGCCUUAAAGGAACACAGUCACUCAAGCUGAAGGCAUUGUUUACAUCCUAGAGAGCUCAGCACUGUUGCUCCCCUGGGAAUGUGGAUACUUGCAGGGGGUUCUUUCCCAGCCCUGGGCUUUCAACAGCCUCAGAAACCUACUUUUCCCACCUGGCAUGAAUCCCAGCAACAGGAGAAGGAAAGGCCAAUGUGCUCUCAGGGAUCCUCUGUUCAAGACGUACUGCCACCCUGUGCCUGCUAAUCAAGGGUUUUAUUGGAUAAUAAGUGUUUGUUCUCAUGCCGUACCUAACGGGCCUUCCAAGGCAGUUAUUUCUCUCAGGGAUUUCCAGCUCAAAGAAAUUCUGUGUAUAUUUUCCUUCAGUAGUACUAUUCUGGGUUAUUUAAAAUUGCCUGGCUAACGCCAAAUCAGAGGUAUUUGUAAAUAUCCCCUAUGUUCAUAAUAAA